CUUUUUUCAGGGGUUGCUCGCUCGCAGCCAGAGAAGCUGCUUUUUUUUUUUCCGGGUUCGGAGCCGUUCCGGAUGCUUUAGGCUGCCGGAUGUCUGAUCUCCGGAUAACUGAGGCGUUUCUGUACAUGGAUUAUCUGGGAAAACAACAAUAAACUAGAAUGUCUGAAUGUAUCCAGAUCUCAUUUGCUGUAUGUAGAAUUGGCAUUCACACGUGUUUUAGAGCACUCUGCUGCAAGGGACCCCCGCCUGCCCGGCCAGAAUAUGACCUGGUCUGCAUAGGCCUCACUGGCUCGGGCAAGACCAGCCUCUUGUCAAAGCUCUGCAGUGAAAGCCCGGACAACGUUGUGUCGACCACAGGCUUUAGUAUAAAAGCCGUGCCAUUCCAGAAUGCCAUCUUGAAUGUGAAAGAACUUGGAGGGGCUGACAAUAUCCGGAAAUACUGGAGUCGCUACUACCAAGGAUCUCAAGGGGUAAUAUUUGUAUUAGACAGUGCUUCUUCAGAAGAUGAUUUAGAAACUUCUAGAAAUGAACUGCACUCAGCUCUUCAGCAUCCACAGCUAUGCACUUUACCCUUUUUAAUAUUGGCUAAUCAUCAAGACAAGCCAGCUGCUCGAUCUGUACAGGAGGUCAAAAAAUACUUUGAACUUGAACCCCUUGCACGGGGCAAACGCUGGAUCCUGCAGCCUUGCUCCCUGGAUGAUCUGGAUUCCCUGAAGGACAGCUUCUCUCAGCUUAUCAGCUUGUUGGAAGAGAAGGACCAUGAGACUGGAAGAAUGUAAAUGCGGCUCAGAGAACGGGUUCCCCAACCGCCUUGAACCUGUCGUGCUUGUUUCUCGUUUUUCAUUUUUAUCUUGGUAUCCAGACUCUCGUGGCUUCUGCUUUCCUUUAGCUAUCUCAGAUUCUCAUCUCUUUAUGACAGUGAACAUUUUUUCCAUCAAGUGAAGUCUCAUCGGCAUUCGCGUCAAGUACACACUACUGAGAGAGAAUAUUCUCUAUUUACCACUAAUCCUCUACACCGCAUGUCUCUUCCUUCUGUUGUCCUCCGCAUCCCUGCCCUUCUCUGUGCUAAAAUAAACGGAAUCUGUGGCUCAGACAAGUAAAAUCCCUGGUGAGAGGCUCAGCGAAAUGCAAAGAACCUUGGCUCAUUUCCCUGUGUUUGGAGGUGCUGGGUUGUGUGUCUGGGCCUCCUCAUACUAUGUGUGUCACUUUCAAGAGCUCUUGGAGGUUUUACUUAAUUUUCAUUUGGGGGGUUUUGUAUCCUGGCCUCAUAGAUUAUGAGAGAUAAAUGAGCACCAAAACCUGCAAUUUUUCACCUCUUCAGAAAGAACUCUUCUGCCAUAGAAAGACAAGAUGCACAUUGCUUCCUUGACGGCCUCCCAAGUCUCACUCCCCUCCCUAUUUUGAGAGCAGAGACAUUGUUUUUGGUUAUUUGUUUGUUCGAGAAGAGAGGAAAUUAAGGCACAAUGUAUGGUCAUUGAUUGCUGUUUGGUCAAGUCCUCAAAUAUUUUUUAGUGUAAAAAUUACCCCACAUAAAGUCAGCUACAAUACAAUAUAGGUAUCUUUUUCUAAAAUUCUUGUGUUUGAUUUGAAUAGAGACCAUAAUUUUUAAAACAAUAGAUAAAAAAUUUUUGAAUAACCAAAUGAAGUAUGGUUUAUACUGGCUAAGAUUUAGGUUGGCAUGGAUUUGACAAAGAUAACAAAGACAGAAUCAUCUGUAUAUUCAUUCAUUAAGUACUAAUGGAGUUUAAUGGAGCCUAUUAAUGUCUCCAUCUAAGUAAUUAAAGGUCUAUCAGUAUUUCUAUUAUAAACCUCUAUUUUCAGGGGUUUCAAUGUGCCCUUAAAAAAGUACUGGAGCUGUAGCAAAUAAUUUUAGGGCUUGAAUUCAAUUUGGAACUUUUUGCCCCUGUGUAACUUAAAAAAACAAAUUGCAUAGAGGGAAAAAAUGCACAGUUUCACUAAGAUUUAGAGCCUUUGACCUUUUCUAAAUCAGAAUCACCUAUAGUUUGGAAGUUUAUGGUUAAAAAUAUUCUUUGGCACAUUUUGUAGAUUUUUGACUACUUUAUGCACAUAGUGGUCAAAUGAUUAAAAAAAAUCGCUCCCUACAUGUGAGCAAUGAAAACAUGUUUAUAAUUUUUAGGUAGCAUAAGCUGAAACCCACAGACACACUGAUAUUACAGGGUGAUGUAAUCCCUUGUAACUCUCCAGAAGAUAGGCGUCAUUCAAAUACAGUUUGUGUGGUUUAAUCCUGUAGGGAAAAUUUUAUGUGAACAUUGCCUUUGAAACAUCGAACAUUUUCUCUUCCCAACAGAGUAGGUCCAAAAAAGAGUCCUAAAUCAGUUUUGUCAGGGAGCAUCCCAGAAUAUUUUCACACCGCCUCAUCAGGAGGAGCAUGGAACUUUCAUUCCGAUGACCAGUUACCCAAAUCCUGAUUUUUACUCUGUCUUCUUGUGCUCAUCGCCUCUGAGAAAAUAAAUGAUUAUUAGGCGCUGCUUUCUCGGCCCGUUCAUCCAAUAUCGGAUGUUGUCUUUUUAAGCUAGUGUGUCUGAGCACUCCCAAGCCAUCUGUUAAAUGACUUCGCGUUGUCUGUGUGUGUGUUCAUGUGUGCGCCAGUGAUGGGCUGCUUCUCAGGCCCGUGACUGUCUGCAGCAUCUCAGCCGUCAGAAUGAAAACAUUAUCCAUCAGUACCCAACAACAGCUGUUUUUGACAAGUUUCUGUCUGACGCCUAAUGCUUUACAACUGUCAAUAAGGCUCCUUCUUUGUCUAGCAGUUCGGAGAGCCGUCUUGCUGCUUCCGCGAGGCCUCCUGUCCUCUUAACCCUAGAAUUUGCCACGUUUGGGAAAUCCACAGCGGGGAGGGGAGGCGGCUGGGCCUAUGUGGGUGGGUGGCGGGUGGCGGGUGUGUGGCUGUGGUGAUGUCCUGUUCCUAUAUUCACAUAAAGUGCCACAGGUGGCCUACUUUGCAUAUUCCACUAUUAUAUAGGAAAAACAGUCUGUUAUGUAUUUCUUCACUUCGCUUCUUGUUAUAUUUAUGGAAGUUACCCAUUUUUGUACCUUCUUGGCACAAGCGGUUGCCUUUUUGUAAUGGCAAUUAAUUUAUAUGACAAAACUUUGUAUCUACUGUAGUUUACAGUAUCAGUUGCUAAUUAACUGCCAUAGUACCCUGUCUUUCUAUUAAAAAAAAAUGCUGUAUCUGUUAUACUUAGAGGUUAAUGGAUUUGUGUGGACAGUUGCCAAGCAAGAAGAACUCGUAUUGUCCGUGAUUUAUAUUUGAUUUCCACUUUCUUCAAAUGAAAAUAAAUGCUGAGUAGAAUUGA